AUGUCGGACAUGUGUUCGCCAGAGAGUUGUAACCCGGAGUGGAACGAAAUAGUGGAAAAGAUUAAACAGCUCAUGCUACAGGAUAAGGAAACAGUUCUGCUGUACGCGGUGAGCCUAAUUACGGAACUGCAUCAGCAGUUCAAGAGAAACGAGGUUCUUUUGAAAACGUUGAAAAAUACAAUGGAAGCGAAGGAGAUACUGCAACGGAACGUGAUUGAUGAAAACAUAAUCAUGUCGCACAUCGAAGAAAUAUCGGAAAAAACGGCCCCGAUGGAAGACGCUCUUGGUAAGAAACACCAGGCCAUUUCGGCAAAGUGUGCUACGAUUGAUACGAUACGUGCGCAGCUAAAACAAGAUAGCAAAAGCACCCGUUCAAUGCUCGACGCCAUGAGCAAGCACAUCGGUUCCUUGGACGAAAAGUAUAAAUGCCUUCACCAGGAUUAUGAGACGAAUCUGAAGAGUUUGAAUGACAUACACAAGGAACUCGAUACACUGCAGUUAAAACACAGCAAAGCAAUGACCGAUAACGUCGUGGUGACGAAGGAGCGACAUGUACUGCAGGAAAAAUAUAACUCGAUGGUAGCUCGUAUUCAACUGACAAUUGCCGAAAAAGAUGCUGAACGUAAGCAAAGGGAGCAGGAGCUGGAGAGAGAAAAGCAGCAGUUGGUAGCGAAAAAUAGCGAUUCAGAAGGGGAAAUUGCAGCCUUAAAACAACGCAUCGUCGAUCUGGAGACACAACAUGACAAGCGUAACACGAUGUGUGAUCAGAAGGUUUCUGAGCUGGAGGUUAAAGUCUUGGGUCUCGAAGGCGAAAAACAGGCACUGCAGUUAGAUAUAAAAAACCUGCAAGAGCAGAUUGUCCGCAAAAGCCUAGAGAUGGAGAGUCGUUCGGAUAAGAAGCAAAGUGACCCGAAUAUUGUACACCCUCCGGAAAAUCGUAACAUCGUUGUUCCGGUGGAAAUACGUCCCACAUCCGUCAAGGGCAUCGGGAGUCGUCCGAGCGAAGGGAAAACACGCUACGAAUAA